AUGGAGACGACACAGACGCCGUUCGAGACGCCCUCGAAGCCACCUAUCUCGGUGGACAUCUCGACCAUCGAAGCAGCCAAGGAGAACAUCGUCCCGCUUCAGUCGGGCCGCUCCGCAUCCCAACUCGCCGCCCUCUCGUCCUCGACUCGCUCCGGCCUCGGCGUCAAGCUCGAUGCAGAGCACGCUCGUUUCCAGGCGCAGAUUGACGCGGUCGAGGUGUACGAGCAGACGGGCACAUGGGAGGAUGGCAAGGACGGCCUCAGUGCAGACGAUGUCGCGUUGAUGGCCGAGGACCCGCUCGACAUCUCGCACCAGUACGUCCGGUUCAUUGUCGCCAACUACCCCGCCGGAGCAAGCGCGUCGAACAAGCUUGUCCCCGUGCUUGAGGCGACAACGCGCAAGUUCCUCGGCGACGGGAGGUACACCAACGAUCCGCGUUACUUCCGCUUGUGGGCGCACUAUGCGAAGAACAUGGAGAAUCCCGAGGAUUGCUACCGCUUCCUCUUUGCCAAGGGCAUCGGCGAGAAAUUGGCGGCCUUGUACGAGGAGUACGCCAAGGUCCUCGAGGCGAAGCACAAACGCCAGCAAGCCGAUCAGGUGUACAACCUAGGCAUCAACCGCCGUGCGACCCCUCUCGACCGCCUGAAGCGAUCCUACCUCGACUUCCAAGCACGCAUGCUCGUCGCGCCUCCUCCUCCCUCACCUCCCCGAGCGACGACCUCCUCUUCUACCAGCACUGAUUUCCGACCGAUCCUCGCUUCCUCCUCGACUUCCCGACCCGCUCAAGGCGGAACCGGUAUCGGCGCCAAAGGGAACGGCGCGUCCUUUGCUGUCUUCCGCGAUGCGAGUGCGGAUGAGAAUGGAGCGACGAAGGGAGGUUGGGAGGAUAUGGGGACUGUCAAGAGUCGGACGAGGGAGAAUAACGAGGAGAAGAAGGAGUGGGGUGGGGAAGUACUGCCGCAGAAGACGGGGCUGGCGAAACCGGGAGGGUUCAAGCUGGAGGUGUACCGCGACGAGACCGCCUCGGACGGCCCUUCCUCUCACCGCCUCGACGAAACCGACGUCUUCUCUCGCUCCAUCCGCGCACCAACAGAAGCCGAGCUCCUCCGCUCGAACCCUUUCAAGAACUACUCGUCCUCCGAUGCCGACCUGAUCGCUCGUGACCCGCUUGAGGGGUUGCAGGUGCUCGCUUCGAGUUCGGCGGCGACGAAGGUCAAGAGUUCGUCGUCGUCGUCGGCGGGAAAUGUGAAAGAUGCGGAGCGCAAGGUUAAGAAGGAGAAGGUCGCGUCCUCUUCCACAACUUCCGCCUCGUCGACCUCGAAGACCCGCGCUUCGUCCUCCUCCAGACCGUCCCCCUCCGCUUCGACCGACUCCUCCGCCAAACCCAAAGAACGCGUCGCAUGUAACCUCCACGCCGUCUAUCCUAAGCCCGGCACCGAGUUCUCCUUUGAGGAGAUCAAGGCUGCGAGGCGGAAAAAGAAGUAUGUUGUUGAGGAUGUCGAGAGGUGGAAUGGAUGGGAAUGGGCGGAGAAGUGGGAUGAGGAGUGUAAGAGGACGGAGAGAACGACUUACGUUAUCGACCCGGCGACCGGCUGGCCUGUCCUUCACGACCAACAGACUGGAGCUCCCCUCUACGACUUCCUCCCCCGUCCAGCUCCGCCGACUCCCGAGCCCGAACCCACUCCAGUCGCCUUCGUCGAGGCGGCCCCUCCAUCGCCUUCUCCUGCUUCGCCUCUCGCCCAGCCCGCUACGCAGCGCAACCUGCUCUCGCCGUCGCCUCCUCGACAAGUCUCGCAGGCGGUCGCUCCGCCAUCUCCCCCUCGCUCACCUUCUCCCGAGCCGCUCGACCCAAACCGUACCCCCUCACCGACGAUGAACACCAAAGCCGCCAACGCCCUUCUGGACCACCUCUUCGCCAAGACGCUCGACUUCACGAAGGUGAACCGAGGAAGCGGCGGAGACGGUGACUCGUUCGACGAUACCUCGACGGACGACUCGGACGACGACGACGCGCCUUUCGGCGGCGUCCCUGGCGCAGCAAGCCAGUACUCGACGCAGGGUGCCACGCAGCAGAGCGACGUGUCGGAUGCACAGUUCGUGCCUUUCAGCCAGACCAGGAGCCAGAUGGACGACGACUCGGCGUACUAUGGCAGUCAACGACCAGGCGCGUCGUUGCAAGUCCCGCCGGAGCCGGUUCAGAACCGCCUCAUCACGCUCGACGAAGUCGACGAGGACGCCGAGAAUUCGCCUGUCGCUGCUGCAUCCGCCGCGCCGCCUGCCCCUGCUCCCGUUCAGGUCUUCCGCGACUCGUCCUCGGCUGCCAUUCCUGCCACUCCGAGCGCAGGUGCCUUCCGUCUCGUCACGAGACCGGGCUCGGCGCGCGCACCGCUCGGUAUCAAGGUCGGCACGCCGCUUGGCCAGCCUCCGAAGCAGCCUGCCAUCAGCGUCUUCCAGGACAAGCCGGUGCAGGAGAACGACGAGGAGAACGUCUUCGGCGGUGACGUCGUUCCGUCAUCUCAAGUGAGCGAGUCGCAGCUGCCGCUCGGUGGCCUUGAGGCGUCGGAAGACUCGUACGUCGAGCCAGGCGACUUUGAGGCCCCUCUUCGCGGGUCGCAGGAGGACGGCGAGCGCUUCCGCGGCGACGGGUACGACCUUGGGCGACGAGUGCCAGGUCAACCGAGUCGUUACGCUCCCUUCGUCGAGCAGAUGACGCCCAUCGUCGAGCGGACUCUCGAGUUCACCGCCGCGACGAGUCUCGCAUCGAGCCAGCGUAGUCGGAGGGACAGUUACUACCCGACCGGCGCGGCGAGUGCGACGGUGCGCGAAGAGGACGAAGACGAGGACGGGCCGAGCACGGAGGAGGACGACGACGAGGGCGACCGCGCCUUCAUGGGCAGCUUCGCUCAGCCUUCGUUCGUCCAGCAGCCCCCCCAGAACGUGGGAGGCGAUUUCCAGCAGCAAGGACACGACCAGGACAGCACGUCGGACAGUUCGGACAGCAGCAGCGAUUCAGACUCGGACGACGAGCAGGACUUGCAGCCUCAGCCCAUGCUUCCGCCGACUUCCCUGCCGCCUCAGAUCUCUUUCACCGACCAUGCUGCACCGAGCCGUUCGUCGCUCGGCCAGGACACCUCCUACGACGUCUCGCCCAACACUUCGCUUCCCGAAGGCUUGACCAUUACCGGUAAUCAGAGCGGCAUGACGACCAACAUGGUCGUGAACGACUCGACUACGACUGGACAGCCCCAGUCACCAUCCGCCGACACGACUCCGACAUCUUCCGCCGCCAUUGACCCUUACAGCGCUUCCACCCUCUCGACAAUCCUGCGCGCCGCCAAUCCUCCUCUCCUCUCCCGACCUGGCAUCUACGACCACCGCACCGACGUCGCCGAUCGUCUUGCAAGUCUCCAGCUCGCUGCGAGGAAGCGGGAGAAGGGCAAGGGCGGCAAGGACAGGACCGGCACCAUUGACGAGGCGUGGGAUCUCGAGCUCGCCGGCGAGGUCAUCUCGGUACGCGAGAAGCUCGGCGAGGGCUCGUACGGCGCCGUCUUCCGCGUCGCGAUGGGAGCGGGCGACGACGAUGACUUUGACGUGGACGCGGACGACGAAGUCUCGCUGGCGGUCAAGGUCGAGCGGCCGGCAAACCUGUGGGAGUUCUACGUUCUCUCGCAGCUCCACUCGCGACUACCCGAACGAAUCCGGUCCUCCGUCAUCUCGGCUCAGCGGCUCUACGCCUUCCAAGACGAGUCCUUCCUCUUCCUCGACUACUGCGACCAGGGCAGCCUCCUCGACGCCGUCAACCGGGCGAACGAUUCGGGAGUCGCGGCGAGCGCGACCGGCGGCGCCUCGCAAGGUCUCGACGAGAUCCUCGCCAUGUUCUUCGUCGUCGAGCUCCUCCGCAUCGUCGAGGGCUUCCACUCGGUCGGCUUCAUCCACGGAGAUCUCAAGAUCGACAACUGCUUGCUUCGCCUCGAGGAAGUGCCGGGCGGCGCUCGCGCCUGGUCGUCCUCCUACGACCCGUCCGGCGCGAAUGGCUGGGGUUCGAAGGGCCUCAAGAUCAUCGACUACGGCCGCACCAUCGACACGUCCGCAUUCCCUGCCGGCCAGACCUUCUCUACCAACAUCGAGGCAGACCAGUUCGACUGCGCCGAGAUGCGCGAGGGACGACCGUGGACCUUCGAGCCCGACUACUUCGGCGUCGCCUCGAUCGCCUACAACGCGCUUUUCGGCCGCUACAUCGAGACGAAGCGGGUUCCUCUCGACGACGCACAACCUGAUGGGCCGUCGAAGUGGGUCCUCGCGCACACCUGGAAGCGCUACUAUCAGGUCGACCUCUGGACCAAGCUCUUCGACACACUGCUGAACCCGCGGUCGGUCAAGGCUGACGGCGCAUUGCCAAUUAUCGAUGAGCUUGCGUCUGUACGGUCCGAGAUGGAGGAGUACCUCAAGGUGAAUGGGGAGAAAGGCGGCAAGAGCUUGCGAGGCAUGCUGAAGAAGCUGGAGAUCUAUUCGAUGUCGCGGUAG